AUGGCGCCUCGUAAAGGAAAGAGUGAUGCCCCAGCUGCAACUGAUGGUGAGUACGAACAACUACGUUCUCCUAAGGCCGGCAAGGCUUACGCUGAACCAGACGCUAGGUUCGUCCUUGACUACCUUCCACUGGAUGACCCAGUCGCCCUUAUUCGGUAUGCUCUCCAGGCCAUUGAAGUCUCGGCAAAUCUACACAAUAAGGUCUCCAAAGGUGGGUACUACUUCAUGGGGCUAUCGCCGCUUCGCACUCACAGGUUGCCUGCAGCCCAAGCAGCCAAGCUCCUGCAAAAGCUGCAUCAGGAGGGGGAGGUUGAAGGGCGUAUUUCAGGCAAACAGACCGUUUACCACGCGCUUCAAGAUGCCUCUGACACGGCGACUCCUGAGGCCAUUGCUAUUCUGAACCAAGAUAUCGAAAGCUUUCGGGGUCAACUUGACAAUCUCAGAGCAAACGAGAAACAGUCCCGGGCUGCUCUGACAGCCCUCGUCACAAAGCCGCGACUCUCGGAUCUUCGACAGGACAUCAGCCGGCUCAAGGACGAGCGAGAGACUCUCCAAGGUCGUGUUGCGACAUCCGCCAGUAGUGAACCAAUUCCCAUUACUCCAGUAGAGAGAUCCCAUCUUGAAACGGCGUGGAAGAAAUGGCAGCGACAUGCCACGAUCCGUCGUCGCAUCUGUCGCGACCUAUGGGCGAGAUGCUCUGAGGUACUUCCCGAAGACAUGACUGCGUCGGAGCUAUGGGAAUCGCUGGGCCUCGAAGGGAAGCCCCAAUAA